AUGGCUAUCGAACCCUAUUCAGACUCGAAAGCCGAGGAGGGCGGCAUCACUGCGGAACAGAAAGCGAUACGAUCCUCCUCCUCCUCGUUGACGGACAGGGAAGCAUUCCUCUCGUCGUUCACCGCCGAAGAUGACCGAAGAAUCAUGCGCAAAGUCGACAAGCGAUUCCUCCUGCUUAUCGGCAUGAUGUACAUCCUCAAGAACAUCGACUAUACCAACGCGGCGACCGUCAAGGUUCUACAAGUCGGUCAACCGCGCAACAUCAUGGUUGAGUUGAACAUGACAGCGGAUCAAUACAAUUGGGUGCAAUCCAUCUACUUUAUCUCGUAUAUCGUGUUCGAAGUUCCUUCCAACCUCAUGCUCAAGAGGAUGACUCCUCGGAUCUGGCAGUCUCGCAUCAUCGGCUCUUGGGGCAUAGUCCUUGCCUGCCACGCCGCCGUGCGCAACAAAGAGGGUCUCUACGCCUGUCGAUUCUUCCUCGGAAUGAUGGAAGCGGGAAUGUUCCCAGGCUUGGCAGCUCAACUGGCUGGCUGGUACCGAAGCGACGAGAUGGGAAAGCCGAUCAUGUGGAUGUUUGGAUUCCAGAACUGCUCCGGUGUCAUCGGUUCUAUAAUCGCAUAUGGCAUCUCGUAUAUGAACGGCAUGUGUGGCAUGAGCGCCUGGCAAUGGGUCUAUCUGCUCGAAGGGAUCUACACCAUUUUAUUCUCCGUCGUCGUGUUUUUCGUGCUACCGGACUAUCCCAAAUCGCCGCGAUCCUCGAAGUGGCUCACGCCGCGCGAACAAGAAUACCUUGAACUCCGACUCACCGAGAACGCCCCUCGCACCGACGACCCGGCGUUCAAGAAAUCCGAAGUCCUGGACUCGCUGAAGGACCCUCGAACUUAUGCCUUCUGUCUGUCGCAGAUCCUCAUGAACCUGGGCGGAUAUGGUCUACAAUGGCAACUCCCGACCGUCACCACCAACUUGGGCUUCGCCGGUCUUCCGCGAAACCAAUUGCUGAACAUCCCCCCCGCGGCGGCCAGCGUGCUCUCCAUCAUCUUCGCCGGUUGGUUCCUGUCAAGAGCGUACCUGACCCGACCCGAGUUCGCCAUGUUCAUCUGCGCCGGAGCGUUUGCGUUUUUCCUGGUCUUGUGCUUCGACGUGCCCCGCACCGCCACCUAUAUCGCAUGUAUCUUCGGGACUAUGUUCUACUCUGUCUAUUUCAUUCCAUUCUGGGCUUGGCGUUCCGCAAGUCUCAAAGGCUCCACCGGCGCGGCAUUCACCCUUGCUUUCCAAUCCUGCAUCGGCCAGGUCGGCGGCGUCGUCGGCCCGCAGCUGUUCCAGUCGAAAUACGCCCACAACGGCUACAAAACCUCCUUCGCCAUCUGCGCGGGCACCAUCGGCGCCAGCUGGCUCGCCAACUGCUGGACCUGGUAUCUGACCCGGAAGAACGAGAAUGAUAUUCAAAAGGUGCGGAAGUUGAGGAUCAAGGCGAACAAGGAGGGAGGAGUCUUUACAGGCGAAGAUGUGAAGUUGUGA